AUGCUGGUGGACUUUGCCGGCAAAGAUGACCCUUAUCAUCCACUAAAUUGGCCUUUCCGGAAGAAGGUGAUCACGACGUUUCUAUAUGGUCUCACUACGUGUUGGAUAACGUUCGCAUCGGCCAUUUACUCAGCAGCAAUUGAACGAAUCGCGGAGGAUUUCAAUACCACACCGGAAGUUGCGGCUUCGGGCGUGAGUCUGAUUGUUUUCGGCUUCGGAAUCGGCUCGUUGAUAUGGGCCCCUUUGAGUGAAGUGUUCGGGCGGAAAUGGGUCGUUAUCGUGCCUUACUUCAUAGGCGGUAUUUUCGCAUUUGGAACUGCGACUGCCAAGGAUAUCCAAACCAUCCUCAUCACAAGAUUCUUCGCUGGCCUGUUCGGCAGUGCACCGGUUAGCAACACGGGAGGUGUAAUGGCAGAUAUUUGGCCACCUGAGCAGCGCGGAAUCGCCGUGGUUGGGUACGCUGUCACCUUGGUCGGAGGGCCUUUGCUUGGACCGCUCAUCGGGGCCGCCAUAACCACGAGUUAUCUGGGUUGGCGUUGGAUCGAGUACCUGACGGGCAUUGUUAUGAUGGCGCAGGUGGUCUUGGAUAUCCUGGUCUUGGACGAAAGCUACGCUCCGGUAUUACUAUCAUACAAAGCCCGGAAACUCCGAUUCGAAGGCAAAAAUUGGGCAUUGCAUGCCAAGCACGAGGAGUGGGACAUCUCCUUGAAGGAACUGUCACAUAAAUACUUGAUCCGUCCCGUCCAGAUGUUGAGAACACCAAUCUGUCUGCUGAUGAGUAUCUAUGCCGCCUUUGUGUAUGGAAUCUUGUAUGCUAAUCUUGAAAGUUUCCCUAUCGCCUACCAAGAGGUUCGCGGCUGGGAUCCAGUAGUGGGAAGUCUCCCAUUCAUCGCUCUACUCAUCGGUGUCUUUUGCGCCGCUGCCGUGAAUAUCUACAACAACAAGUUCUAUUUUAAACAAUUUCGCGCCAAUAACAACAGGCCUGUUCCAGAAGCCCGACUGCCACCGAUGAUGAUUGGUGGCUUCGCUUUCACGGCCGGCCUUUUUAUCUUUGGAUGGACUUCCUCCCCAAACAUCAAUUAUUGGCCUUCUUUAAUUGGCAUCGGCUUUAUUGGUCUAGGAUUUACGACCAUCUUCCAGGCAACUAUCAACUAUUUGGUUGAUACCUUUACUCGCUUCAGCGCCAGUGCUAUAGCCGCGAAUACCUUUCUGCGGUCAAUGACGGCGGGUGCGUUUCCCCUAUUCAUUCUUCCCAUGUAUCAUAAAUUGGGUGUGGAUUGGGGCAGUACUGUCUUCGGUUGUGUCGCGGCCGUGCUGAUUCCCGUGCCAUUUCUUUUCUUUACUUGGGGCAAACGGAUCCGUGCGCGGGGCGAGUGGAGUAAACAGACAGUUUAA